UUUGAUGCAUUGCAAACCACCCUUUUUCAAAACACAGUUCGGGUAUUUUUAGACUACACUACAAUAAAUGUUUCCGCGCGGACUUAAUAUAAGAGCCUAAUAACCCACUCGACACAUUUUACGGUUUUGCGGACGUGUCACUGAAUGAAAGCUGCCACAAUGUUGUUUAGGUUCGCAGUCAUUCUGACUCCGGAGUCUUCGGAUGUAAAGGUCUUUGUUUUGGGUUCGCGUGAGGAAAUGGGCCAAUGGGACUUGAGCGCAGCGGUCCCGAUGACAACCUCUAAGAAGCUCCUGUCCACCCUUGAACCGUGUCUGUGGACCGGCGACAUUCAGCUGGCAGAGCCGUACGAAGACACAUUGUGGUUCAAGUUCGUCAAAAGAGUGAGAGGCACUUAUAUCUGGGAAGCAUUAACAGGUAGCAAUCCGAGCCAUGACAGGUGUUGUUCAUUUGAUGAGAAGAACAUAGUGGAUGGAGUUUACUGCCAUCCGAUUGGUCACUGGAUAGAGGAAACAGGACACACAGAUGAGAUGAAACACACCACCAACUUUUACUUCAGUGUGGCCGGUCAGAAUUCCAUUCAUUUCUCCAGGGUAUUGCCACGUAUUUGGCUGGGAAGCUGCCCUCGACAGGUGGAACACGUGACCAUAAAGAUGAAGCAGGAAUUGGGGAUUACUGCAGUGAUGAACUUCCAGACAGAGUUGGACGUGGUAAACAACUCUAAUGGCUGCAGGCACGACCCAGGGGAAGCCAUGACCCCGGAGACGAUGAUGCGUCUGUACGAAGACUGUGGACUGCUGUACGUGUGGAUACCCACUCCUGACAUGAGCACUGAGGGUCGCAUUAGGAUGCUUCCCCAGGCAGUGUAUCUGCUCCAUGGGCUCUUGGAAAAUGGUCACACUGUCUAUGUUCACUGUAAUGCUGGAGUGGGCAGGUCGACUGCAGCUGUGUGCGGCUUGCUCCUGUACGUCCUUGGCUGGAGUCUGAGGAAGGUGCAGUACUUCGUUGCAGCCAGAAGGCCGGCAGUGUACAUAGACGAGGAGGCGUUAGUCCAGGCUCAAACCGACUUCAUCCAGAAGUUUGGACAACUACGAUCAUCCAUCUCUUACCAAGAGACAUGAGAAUUGAACUCGAUUGUACCAAAGUCUUGACAUUGAAGCCAAAUCGACAGGUAUCGAAAGCUCCACUGGACUUGACUCUUUGAAAUGAUUCCUUACAAUGUGAAAGAAACACUGUAUAGUCAGCAAGAACAUUUACUUACUUUCACUUCGAUGUAAUUUAAGUAAAUGACCCACUUUCGAUAUUGAAAUCAAGUUGAUCCCUAAGUAUCUGGAGAGAGUUCUGCUGGCUGUCGGCAUGGAAGCAAUAAUCCUACUGUAAUGUGUUGGUUUUUAACUUAAGACCCCUCUGCCAUUUAGCACACACAGUUAAAACAUCGUUAGUUUCAGGACACAUCAGUAUUUAAAUGUCUGCACGGUGUUGGAAAGACCUUUUCUUUUUGUAGUGAAAAAUACAGUUGGCAUUUUGAGAAGGCCCUUUUUAGCUGAUGGGUUGGACAGCAAUGUAUGAGAAUAAAUACAAUAAAAACAAUAUAUCAAUCAAUAUAUAACAGUAGCACUGUUUGCUCUCAUCCAAUGAGCUGUGAUUCUCAGUAAAGGAUUAGUCCACAUUGUUAUUGUGUAUCAAAUGAGAAAAUACCCUCUUUAAUUCGGAGGGGGAAAUUAUCAAUAAUAUAUUACUUUGAAAAGAGGUCUUAAUAUUUGGCACUUCAUGCCAAAGCAACAAAUCCAUUCCAAAACUCAAAUAAACGACAAUGCCUCUCCCGCUCCCACGCACACAUUGAAGCAUUCAGCUCCGCCCAUCUCUCUCAGCGAGCUUGAUGGCAUUUCAUCUUUAUUUAUUAAUCCGACAGAUGCUAUUCCGACCCAUCUCCAUCAAUAACGAAAACAACAUCUAGGCCAGACCAUUUUAAUGCAUACAUAAUAAGACAUUAUUGGAAUACUGUUUGUUGUCAAUUCUGAAUGUCUGCCUAGACUCCUAUUGAGGAUAUAUUGCUUUUUUUAAUACAGUGUUUUUGUUACCUGAUUUAAGACAUUUGGUGGAUUGGAAAGGAGAAAGGAGCUUUCUCACCGAGCACAAUUCAUAUUCUCCUUUUUCUUUCAGUGAGUCCCUUCAGCAGACAGCACUUGUUGAGGCUUUCAGUGGUAAAACUAAUUAUCCAUGCAUGAGUGCCAGCCGAAGCAAAUCAUUUUAGAAAUGUUCUAAAAAUAUGAACAAAAACUGAAUAUGGAAUGAGUGACAUGAGACAUAUGAACUAUGAAUUACGCAAAACACCUCAACGUACGUAACGUAAGGGAUGUAUCGUGUCACAGUGUUGCUGAUCAGAUUGUGCUCCACAUCAUCAAAUCCCUUACUGCUGCAUGCAAGCCUUCCUUCCCCACUGUCAUAUCUAAUAAAGGCAGAAAAGCCUAAAAGAACAUAUCAUUGUGUGUUUAGCAGAACCCCUUGUCUGAUGGACAAUGAUAUAUGACAUGGUUACUUGUUGCAGGAUGCAGACACUAGGAAGAGAAAGAACAGGGUGCACAAAGUAUUUACAUUACAAAAAAUAAAAUAUAUAUUCUUUGGCUAUAUACCGUUCCCUAAUUUCAUUAAAAAGUUUCAAAGCUUUUUCCAAUAAGAAGUCAGACACUGCGUCCAUGUCUCGCAAAGGCUUAUUAAACGUCACUCUGCUUUAUUUAGAUUAUCUGUAAAAAAGGAUGAGCUGAGCAUUUUUUCAGCAGACCCAUGAUGAUGAUUUUAAUCAUGAAGUCCGCACUUUAAAUCUCAAACCAUUUGCCUUUGAUACAGUUCUGCUAGCUAGACCGGCCUGCAUUCAUUCAUCAUUGAGAGGAAAAGCUUUUUCACAUGCACAGACGUCAGUCCAGGCACCCAUGUUUCAUUUACCUAAUAGAUUCCAAGUCCACCAUUUGCUAAGAAUAAUCCCAUAAUGAAGAAAUGUCUCUCUCUUUGCUCCAGGGCAGAACUCCAGCUCACCCUGGCAAGUACUGAAAGUAAAAGCCAAAGUGAAGAGAUGCGGUUUGACCGAAUAACUCUAAAUCCACAGGCUCAUUCUACCAUGUAUGUUUCAGGAGCUUGAACCAGCAGCCCCCGGAGGAAGGUUUAUUCAUGUAGUCCAAGAAUAUCUGACUAUGAGACACUCUCUGGAAUAUGAAUAGGUAUGAGUAAUGCCAGACAGUUGAUCUACAAUCAAAUAUAAAUACAUCUGAGAGGCUGAGUGUACCAUUGUUUAAUAAUCGAUACAUCUGAGAUUGGCUGACUGACUGGAGGCUGAGCAGCUGUCUGUUUUAUGCGUGUGCCAUGGCAACAUAUGGCAUGUGUUUUUCCAGACACAGCACCUACAAGACUGGGUAAACAUUUCUUCUGUGAAUGCAUUACUUGCAGUCUGAGUCAUUCCUCAAGCAGCUAGUGGCGGUGCCCCACUGAUAUUCAAUAAUACCAAGCCUUUGUCCCUCGGGGGACCAUAACAAUGAAUGGGCAGAUUUAUGCAGGCUUGAUAUUUCUCUUGCAAAGAAAGUGUUUAUUCCUGUAACACCUGAACUAUGCUCCCUGUUAGCAUCCAAAUACCUUA